AUGCCUCACAAUGGAGUUCAGCCACCUGAUGCGGCGGACGUUGCCGGGGUGCUCUUGACGGUGCUCCACUCUGCUUUCUCCUUGCCUCUGACGCUCUGUUCGGAGUCAUUCCUUCCAGUGCUCACCGAAAUGGGUGUGAGGUUGCUUGUGGUCACGGGCCCCAGAGGAGGAGCCGAGGUGGAUGUGGAAGGAGGUCUACUGGGGAGAGCCUUCGACGCUUGGGAGGUCUUGGCCAAUGGGUUGCGGUCUGAGCCGUCGUCUGCCUCAUUGGAUGUUGCUGCUGCCACGGCUUAUGCACAGCUCCUCUGCGCGCUACCGGUGGCUCUGAAGCUUCCGUUGGACCUGCCCGCCGACCAGGGGCCAAAGGCUGCUGCUUGGGGCGUGCGUGGGCGGAUUGCACAGGUGCUAACGGUGUGGUGUUCAGGUGCUCCUCAAAGACAAGGAGAGGCCGUCGCGAAGCUGCGUGAGCUCCAGGUUCAAUCUGGCUCUGCUGCGCUCGACACGGCAACUGGGCUCGCUGACUUGGAGAUGGUGCUCACCUUUGGAUCGGCUGUUGCAGAGAUGUGUGCGAGCACUGCAGAGAUGGAGAGCGAGCUGCCGGUACCCCUGACGCAUCUUCUGAUGGGCCUUCCGCGCGUGCUCGCAUUGCAGCCUGCCGAGCCCUGGGCAAGCGUCUUGGAAGCUUCAGCUGCCGAGCUGAUUUGCUACCCAGUUCCAUUCAGAGUGUGCGAGUUCUCGUUUCGUCCGCUGGAGAGAUCCAGAG